AUGGACUGGUUCUAUGGCUCUCUUCUGUCUCUCUUUGUAAUCUUCGUCUCUCUAACACUUGGAUUCCUAUGCCACAAGAAAAACCCAACCGAAAACCUCGAGCCACCGGGCAGAACUGGAUGGCCAUUUCUAGGGGAGACCUUGGAGUUUCUUUCCACCGGUUGGAAUGGUCAUCCUGAAAAAUUCGUAUUUGAUCGAAUGGCAAGAUACUCCUCCAAUGUCUUCAAGACCUCGUUAUUAGGAUCAGAGGCAGCAGUCUUUUGUGGGCCUGCAGGCAACAAGUUCUUGUUCUCAAACGAGUAUAAACUCGUAAGGAUGUGGGUUCCGGAGUCCAUAAAGAAGUUGUUCCCUUCCAAAUCAAGCGCGGCUGAAGAAGCCAUGAAGAUGAGGAAAUCUUUCCCAGUUUUCCUGAAACCCGAGGCUUUGCAGAAAUACGUAGGUGUAAUGGAUGAUAUCACCGGAAAACACUUCUCAACUUCGUGGGAAAACCACCAAGUUGUCGCUGUUUACCCUCUUAUUAAACGCUUUGCCUUUGUGAUCGCUUCUCGGUUGUUUAUUAGCGUUGAAAACCCUGAUCACAUUGCGAGAUUUGCAGCCCCUUUCGACAGGUUGGUUUCGGGGAUAUUUUCGAUCCCUAUAGACUUCCCAGGAACGCAAUUCAACAAAGCUAUUAAGGCUUCAAAGCAUAUAAGAAAGGAGUUGAUCGAUAUAAUCGUGCAAAGAAAGAGUGAUUUGGGAGAGGGGAAGGCUUCUCCUAAACAAGAUGUUUUGUCACAUAUGCUGGUCACAAAUGGUGAUGGAGAGGAUGCUAUGACAGAUUCAGAUAUUGCCAAUAAGUUGAUAGCUUUGUUGCUUGGUGGACAUGAUACUAUUGCUAGUACAUGCACCUCCAUUGUUAGAUAUCUUGCUGAGCUUCCCCACAUUUAUGAAGGAGUUUACAAAGAACAAAUGGAAGUUGCAAAGUCAAAAGGCCCAGGUGAAGUAUUAAACUGGGAAGACUUACAGAAGAUGAAAUAUUCAUGGAGUGUAGCAUCUGAAGUGUUGAGGCUUUCCCCUCCUUUCCAAGGAACUUUCAGAGAAGCUCUCACUGAUUUCACCUUCAAUGGCUUCUUUAUUCCAAAGGGAUGGAAGAUAUACUGGAGCACGAAUGGUGUACACAGAAACUCUGUGUUCUUCCCGGAUCCCCUGAAAUUUGACCCGACAAGAUUCGAGGGAGGUGGACCAGCUCCAUACACAUACGUACCGUUUGGUGGAGGAGCUCGGAUGUGUCCUGGAAAAGAGUUUGCUCGAUUGGAGAUACUGGUUUUCAUGCAUCACAUAGUGAAAAGGUUUCGAUGGCAGAAAAUCAUUCCUGAUGAAAAGAUCAUCGUCGAUCCAAUGCCUGUUCCUGCUGAAGGCCUGCCCGUUCGUCUCUAUCCACAUAAGAUGUAA